AUGUCGGACCAAAGGCUCUUUUUGGAGAAGGCAAGCCACUAUGUAGGAAGAGCGAAGAUUGACUUGCGACACUUUUGUUUUAAAAGAAACCUGUCUGAAGUUCGGACUAUUAGCGAUAAGCAAGUAGAGAAUUUGGUCAACGGGUUUUGGCACUAUGGUUGCUAUCGACUGAAACCGGACAACUACGUACAAGCUCUUAUCAGCAGUGAUGUUCUGCAGCAUGUAUUGGCAACCCAACGACUGGAGCGCCAGGAUCUGUUGGGGGACGCCGAACCCCGAGACCUGGAGCUUCCGGUGGACGCUUUCGUAGAGGUCUUGCACGGCCGGCACCGGUUGCUGGCAGCCGAGUGUUUCCUGUGGGACAAAUGGUGGGUUGCCGACCUUUACGUUGACAAUCUACCGCCAUGGGUGGAGACCGUGAUGCGUGAAGAGCAUUCUAACGCUCACCAAUUCUGCGAUGGAGACAUCUAUCGAAAUCUGAGAUAUCAUCAGAGUCACGAAAACGAGAAUGAAGAGGAAAAGUGGCGGGCGAGGCUAUCGCCAGGGAAACGGGACGAUAUAGACCGGAUGGACUCGAAGGCGAGGCGGUUAAGAAGGGCGUUAGACCGGCUCCUUCCCUUUACGGGGCUGUGGUCUGCCCUUAAGUUGGGGAGCUGGUCCAUUAUCUCGAUCGCAUCCACUGGAUAUACACUCAUAUCCUCGGGGGCCCGUCGGAUGAUGAGUCAAAGACAGAUCUUCCCUACCGUCUGGUCGCAGGACCACCGAGACCGGAUUCUGGAUCGAAUUCUUAGCGUGCGUGGCCGGAUCUUGUCGUUCCAUACUUUCUUCCAAGACUUCCUGUACUUCGAAGCUUGCUCUCUCGUCCUGCGCGGGCUCUUACCCACUCCGCUCCAGGGGACGGUGCGUGAGAUGUUCUCCCAUAGCUACACCGGGAUCAACCAGAUACAUGGGAGUUGUUGGAUACAGGUCGGUGAAUCCGAGUUUCGCAGCCAUCCAGGGACAAGGGAAACCAGCAUCCGUCUCGGUUACCGGCAGCUCUUCCUUGCGGUGAUGCGCGACUUCCCCCUGCUGAGCGAUCUAUCGCCCCUCCGGGAUUCAAGACGCGUCCGGCCAGUAAACAACGGCUUGAGGUUCGAGCGACUGUACCAGCUUGAUGAGUCAGUCUUGCUUGGUGAUGAUGGGGAACUGUACCGCAAAAGGACAGAUGGUGUGUUUAACGGCUUGUUUGUGGGGUUGGAGAGAGGGCGGCGAUAG